AUGGUAUUUCCUAGGCCUUCCUCGGUCUUUGCCCUCCUCUUUUUCUCCUAUGUCGCUGCUUCCUCUUCGGAUCCCUUCGACAACCAGCUAGGUCUCACUCACCCCAAAAUAUCCUCAGAUCAAACUGUUUUAUACAAUGUAACCGAUGAAGUUGUGGCCAAUCAAGGCCCAGGGGGCUCAUGUCAAAGCGCAGACAAGCUCCACCAGAGGGCGUGGGCCGCACAGGGCUGUGACCCUGACCGCUCCAAUGGCUUUUUGUCGUCCCACAAUUGCUUCAACAAAGGAGGCAAGGCUUACUUCUGCUAUCAGAACGGAGAAUCGAAGUGUUGGAACCCGAAGAGCAGCGUCAAGAACGCGAACAAGGAGAACGAGAAGCGCGCAGCCUCGUUCUCGUCUCCUUCUGGGAUCCUAUUCAAGUACGGCUCAACUUCCAGUGCCUCUUCCUCCGGAUCGGCCCAGCCAGAUAUUGCGAACUAUCGUACUGAUAUCGACAUUGGGGGGCAAGCUGUCACUGUCCAGAUAGAUACAGGCUCAACCGACCUCUGGGUGUUUCCACAAGAGACUCUGAAAGAUAUUACGUUUUCUGAGGACGUCAAGUCUCUAAACUUAACUUACGGCGCAGGAUCAGCUGCAGGGCCCGUCGCGUUUGCGCCCUUCUCAAUCGGUGAAUACUCAGUCGAGUCACAAGCUUUUGUGAACGCGACACAGUUCACGGAGUUUCAAGACAUCCUGUUCUCUCAGGGAGUCUUCGGUAUUCUUGGUCUAGGAUUCAAUACCGACGAUGGUGCUUCUCCGAUAUUGUCCGCCGUGGUCGAUGCAUACCACAACUCUACGCAAGGCCAAAGUCCCCUCGGGAACAUCUUCUACCAGGACAAGUCACUUCCCAACUUCAUUUCCAUCAUGCUUGGACGCUCUGGCGAUCUCGACGAAACCUCCGACGGGAUGUUCACGAUAUCAGAAUACGUCCACGGGUUCGAAAACAUUGGGAACAUGCCGAAGUUGGAACAAUACAAUACUGGCUCACAGGCACGAUGGACCGUCUUGUUGGAUGGUGUAUCGGUAAAUGGGAUGAAUAUUCCGUUGAGCUCGAGCUUGAAGGGUGUGCCUAAAAGAAAAUAUGUCACCCUCCUCGACACGGGCGCUACGCAAGCUCGUCUGCCUCAGACCGUCGUUGAUGCGAUUUACGGUGGCAUGCCGAAUGCGACCUUCGACAAGCUGCAUGGGUAUUGGAUUUUACCAUGCAAUUCGACCGCAGACGUUCGCUUUACAUUCGGCGGUCAGGAAAUUCCCAUCCAUCCUCUCGAUCUUACCAAGAUCACGACUUUCCUUACCUCCGACAACAAGAAGACCGUCGUCUGCACCUCCAUUCCAUACAUCACCAACAACUUCAUAGGCCAAGGAUUCGAUGCAUCCCUCGGCGAUGCAUUCCUUCGUAACGUUUACUCCCUCUUUGACUACGGAGACUUCGAAGACCCAGAAAAAAACGACGUCAAGAACGCCUAUAUCCAACUCUUACCUCUCGAAAAACCCAAAGACUCACUCGUAGACUUCAACGACAGUCGCAAGAAAGCACUCGCGCGAAGUGCACCGGAGGCUACGUUUGAGCAAAUUCGACAGACGCUUGGUUCGGCUGCAUCCUCGACUGAUGGACCGUCAUCCCCGGAUCGUGUGGAGGCGGAUGGACCGGGCUCGACGGAUGGUGGCGACUCAGCUGAUCAAAUGGGUUGGUUCGGUCCUGUCGUCGUUGGACUGCUUGGCGGAAACGUUUUGGUUGGGGCCGUCCUUUGCGUGUUGGCGCUGGUUAUGUGCGCGAGGAAGAGAGCGUCGACGGGUCGGAGGGUGAGGGGGGCGCCGAUGUAUGUGCCUGUUGGUUUCAAGGCUGAUGAGUAG